GUCGGCGUCUGAGAGGCGGCGAAGGAGGAGUGUAGCGCGCUUGGCUUGAGAAAGAAAGAGAAAGAGGCGCUGGCCCUUCUUCCUACAGACCCGACUCCGCAUUCCUCCAUCAUGUUGUCAUCAUUUCGCAAAGUCAGAGUUCAGAGAAUGGACCUUGCUGGCGUAAAAGUGCUGGAAACAGCAGAGGACAUACAAGAGCGGCGUCAACAGGUUUUGGACCGGUACCACCGAUUCAAGGAGCUCUCCACCUUGAGGCGUCAAAAGCUUGAAGACUCCUACAGGUUCCAGUUCUUCCAGCGCGAUGCGGAUGAGCUGGAAAAAUGGAUCCAGGAGAAGCUCCAGAUUGCAUCUGAUGAAAAUUACAAGGAUCCGACUAAUCUGCAGGGGAAGCUGCAGAAGCACCAGGCCUUUGAAGCUGAGGUGCAGGCCAACGCAGGGGCCAUCGUGAAACUGGAUGAGACUGGGAACCUGAUGAUUACGGAAGGGCAUUUCGCAAGCGAAACCAUAAGAACGCGCCUUCAGGAGCUUCACCGUUUGUGGGAGCUGCUCUUGGAGAAAAUGCGAGAGAAAGGGGUCAAGCUACAGCAAGCCCAGAAACUCGUGCAGUAUUUACGAGAAUGCGAAGAUGUGAUGGACUGGAUCAAUGAUAAGGAGGCUAUUGUCACCUCAGAAGAGCUUGGCCAGGACCUGGAGCAUGUGGAGGUUUUGCAGAAGAAAUUUGAGGAGUUCCAGACAGACCUGGCAGCCCAUGAAGAGAGAAUGAAUGAAGUGAACCAGUUUGCUGGCAAACUUAUCCAGGAGCAGCAUCCUGAAGAAGAAUUAAUCAAGUCCAAACAAGAUGAAGUCAAUGCAAGCUGGCAGCGGCUGAAAGGCCUGGCUCUUCAGAGGCAAGGAAAACUCUUUGGAGCAGCUGAAGUGCAGCGUUUUAACAGAGAUGUGGAUGAAACUAUAAGCUGGAUUAAAGAGAAAGAGCAGUUGAUGGCCUCCGAUGAUUUUGGCAGAGACCUUGCAAGUGUCCAGGCUUUACUUCGCAAACAUGAGGGCCUGGAGAGAGAUCUGGCUGCUCUUGAAGAUAAGGUGAAGGCUUUGUGUGCAGAAGCUGACAGAUUGCAGCAGUCUCACCCUCCCAAUGCCUCUCAGAUCCAUGUGAAAAGGGAGGAGCUGAUUGCAAACUGGGAGCAGAUUCGCACCCGGGCAGCUGAGAGGCACGCUCGCCUGAAUGACUCCUACAGGUUGCAGCGAUUCCUUGCAGACUUCCGGGAUCUCACUAGUUGGGUGACAGAAAUGAAGGCUCUGAUUAAUGCUGAUGAACUUGCGAAUGACGUGGCAGGAGCUGAAGCUCUGCUGGACAGACAUCAAGAACACAAGGGAGAAAUUGAUGCUCAUGAAGAUAGUUUUAAAUCCACUGAUGAAUCUGGUCAAGCUUUGCUCGCUGCUGGUCACUAUGCCUCUGAUGAAGUUAGAGAGAAGCUGACCAUCCUUUCUGAGGAAAGAACAGCCCUCCUGGAACUGUGGGAGCUUCGUCGGCAGCAGUACGAACAGUGCAUGGACUUGCAGCUUUUCUACCGGGACACCGAGCAGGUUGAUAACUGGAUGAGCAAACAAGAAGCCUUCUUGCUAAAUGAGGACCUUGGAGACUCUCUUGACAGCGUGGAAGCCCUGCUAAAGAAGCAUGAGGACUUUGAAAAGUCCCUCAGUGCCCAAGAAGAAAAAAUAACAGCCCUGGAUGAAUUUGCUACCAAACUGAUACAGAAUAAUCACUAUGCGAAAGAAGAUGUUGCUACUCGCAGGGAUGCUCUGUUGAGCCGCCGCAAUGCUUUGCAUGAACGGGCCAUGUGUCGCCGCACUCAGCUUUCAGAUUCGUUCCACCUGCAGCAGUUUUUCAGAGACUCGGAUGAGCUGAAGAGCUGGGUCAACGAGAAGAUGAAAACUGCAACUGAUGAAGCUUACAAGGACCCAUCAAACCUUCAGGGAAAAGUUCAGAAACACCAGGCUUUUGAAGCUGAACUCUCUGCGAACCAGAGUCGCAUCGAUGGCCUGGAGAAAGCAGGGCAGAAGUUGAUUGAUGUCAAGCAUUAUGCCUCAGACGAAGUGGCCGCUCGCAUGAAUGAAGUCAUCAGCCUGUGGAAGAAGCUCCUGGAAGCCACUGAAUUGAAAGGGAUUAAGCUUCGUGAAGCCAACCAGCAACAGCAGUUCAACCGCAAUGUGGAAGACAUUGAACUGUGGCUAUAUGAAGUGGAAGGGCACUUGGCUUCUGAUGAUUAUGGGAAAGACCUCACAAACGUCCAGAACCUUCAGAAGAAACAUGCUUUGUUGGAAGCAGAUGUCGCUGCUCAUCAGGACCGCAUUGAUGGCAUCACCAUCCAAGCUCGACAGUUCCAGGAAGCAGGACACUUUGAUGCCGACAAUAUCAAAAAGAAGCAGGAGGCUUUGGUCACCCGCUAUGAAGCACUGAAAGAUCCAAUGGUGGCACGCAAACAGAAGCUGGCAGAUUCUCUUCGUCUGCAGCAGCUUUUCCGGGAUGUUGAGGAUGAAGAAACCUGGAUCAGAGAAAAGGAGCCUAUUGCAGCUUCAACCAACAGAGGCAAGGACCUGAUUGGGGUUCAGAACUUGCUGAAGAAGCACCAAGCCUUACAAGCCGAGAUUGCAGGCCAUGAACCCCGCAUCAAAGCAGUCACUCAGAAAGGAAAUGCCAUGGUGGAGGAAGGGCACUUUGCAGCCGAAGACGUGAAAGCCAAACUGAACGACCUGAACCAAAAAUGGGAAUCCUUGAAAGGCAAGGCCUCCCAGCGCCGGCAGGAUUUGGAAGAUUCUCUGCAAGCCCAACAGUACUUUGCUGAUGCCAACGAGGCCGAGUCUUGGAUGAGGGAGAAAGAGCCCAUUGUGGGCAGCACUGACUACGGAAAGGAUGAGGAUUCAGCUGAGGCUCUCCUCAAGAAGCAUGAAGCCCUGAUGUCCGAUCUGUCCGCCUAUGGCAGCAGCAUUGAGGCACUGAGGGAGCAGGCCCAGGCCUGUCGGCAACAAGUAGCUCCGACUGAUGAUGAAACUGGCAAAGAACUGGUUCUGGCUCUGUAUGAUUAUCAAGAGAAGAGUCCUCGAGAGGUGACGAUGAAGAAAGGAGACAUCCUGACUCUGUUGAAUAGUACCAACAAGGACUGGUGGAAAGUGGAAGUGAAUGACCGUCAGGGCUUUGUGCCGGCCGCCUACGUGAAAAAGUUGGACCCAGCACAGUCUGCCUCCCGAGAAAACCUUCUGGACGAACAGGGCAGCAUUGCCUUGCGGCAGGAGCAGAUUGAUAACCAGACUCUUAUAACUAAGGAAGUCGGCAGUGUAUCUCUCCGUAUGAAACAGGUCGAAGAACUAUAUCACUCUAUCCUUGAACUGGGAGAGAAACGCAAAGCCAUGCUGGAGAAAAGCUGCAAGAAGUUCAUGCUUUUCCGUGAGGCCAAUGAGCUCCAGCAGUGGAUCAAUGAGAAGGAGGCAGCGCUCACCAACGAAGAGGUUGGGGCCGACUUGGAGCAGGUGGAGGUGCUCCAGAAGAAAUUUGACGAUUUCCAGAAAGAUCUGAAAGCCAACGAGUCCCGUCUGAAGGACAUAAACAAGGUGGCCAAUGACCUGGAAUCCGAAGGCCUCAUGGCCGAAGAAGUGCAGGCAGUCCAGCAGCAGGAAGUGUAUGGAGCCAUGCCACGGGAUGAAACUGAUUCGAAGACAGCAUCUCCUUGGAAGUCUGCCCGAUUGAUGGUGCACACCGUGGCAACAUUUAACUCCAUCAAGGAACUGAAUGAACGCUGGCGAUCACUGCAGCAGUUGGCAGAAGAAAGGAGCCAGCUUUUAGGAAGUGCCCAUGAGGUUCAAAGAUUUCACAGAGACGCGGAUGAAACAAAGGAGUGGAUUGAGGAGAAAAACCAGGCCCUCAAUACAGAUAACUAUGGGCAUGACCUGGCCAGCGUUCAGGCCCUGCAGCGCAAGCAUGAGGGCUUUGAGAGAGACUUGGCAGCUCUUGGUGACAAGGUGAACUCUCUCGGAGAGACUGCUGAGCGCCUGAUUCAGUCUCACCCAGAGGCAUCUGAAGAUCUCCAAGAAAAAUGCACAGAGCUGAACCAAGCCUGGAACAGUCUGGGGAAGCGCGCCAAUGAGCGCAAGGAGAAACUUGGGGACUCCCAUGACCUGCAGCGUUUCCUUAGUGAUUUCAGAGACCUGAUGUCUUGGAUCAAUGGCAUCCGUGGACUGGUAUCCUCAGAUGAACUGGCCAAGGAUGUGACUGGGGCAGAGGCUUUAUUGGAGAGACACCAGGAACACCGCACUGAAAUAGAUGCCAGGACUGGCACCUUCCAAGCAUUUGAACAGUUUGGGCAGCAGCUCUUGGCACAUGGCCACUACGCUAGUCCAGAAAUCAAGGAGAAAUUGGGGAUCCUCGAACGUGAGCGGACUGACCUGGAAAAUGCCUGGGCCCAGCGUCGAGUGAAGUUGGACCAGUGUCUGGAAUUACAGCUGUUCCACAGGGACUGUGAGCAGGCCGAGAACUGGAUGGCUGCCCGUGAGGCUUUCCUAAACACCGAGGAUAAAGGGGAUUCCUUGGACAGUGUGGAGGCCCUCAUCAAGAAACACGAGGACUUCGACAAGGCCAUCAACGUUCAGGAGGAAAAAAUAGCAGCCCUCCAGUCAUUUGCUGACCAGCUGAUUUCUGGCGACCACUAUGCGAAAGGGAUCAUUGCCAGCAGACGAAAUGAAGUUCUGGACAGGUGGCGUCGGCUGAAAGCUCAGAUGAUUGAGAAGAGGUCUAAGCUUGGUGAAUCUCAGACCCUCCAGCAGUUCAGCCGAGACGUGGACGAAAUAGAAGCAUGGAUCAGCGAAAAGCUUCAGACUGCAAGUGAUGAAUCUUACAAAGAUCCCACAAACAUCCAGCUUUCCAAACUCCUGAGCAAGCAUCAGAAGCACCAGGCCUUUGAAGCCGAACUUCACGCUAAUGCAGACCGGAUCCGUGGAGUCAUUGAUGUGGGAAAUUCCCUCAUUGAGCGAGGUGCCUGUGCUGGGAGUGAAGAUGCUGUGAAGGCUCGCUUGGCUGCUCUGGCAGACCAGUGGCAGUUCCUGGUACAGAAAUCAGCAGAGAAGAGUCAAAAGCUGAAGGAGGCGAACAAACAGCAGAAUUUCAACACUGGCAUCAAAGACUUUGACUUCUGGCUGUCAGAGGUGGAAGCCUUGCUUGCAUCUGAAGAUUAUGGGAAGGAUUUGGCAUCUGUGAACAAUCUCCUGAAAAAGCACCAGCUGCUAGAAGCUGACAUCUCUGCCCAUGAGGAUCGCUUAAAAGAUCUCAACAGUCAAGCCGACAGCCUGAUGACCAGCAGUGCUUUUGAUACCUCCCAAGUCAAAGACAAGCGUGACACCAUCAAUGGGCGUUUCCAGAGGAUCAAGAACAUGGCAGCUGCUCGCCGCGCCAAACUGAAUGAGUCUCAUCGCUUGCAUCAGUUCUUCCGGGACAUGGAUGAUGAGGAGUCCUGGAUCAAAGAGAAGAAACUUCUGGUUAGCUCAGAGGAUUAUGGCAGAGACCUCACGGGGGUGCAGAACCUGAGGAAGAAACACAAGCGUCUGGAAGCAGAAUUGGCAGCACAUGAACCUGCCAUCCAGGGUGUGCUGGAUACUGGAAAGAAGUUGUCAGAUGACAACACCAUUGGGAAGGAAGAAAUACAGCAGAGGUUGGCUCAGUUUGUGGAGCAUUGGCAAGAGCUAAAGAAGUUGGCUGCUGCCCGUGGCCAGCGGCUGGAGGAAUCUUUAGAGUACCAACAGUUUGUGGCUAAUGUGGAAGAGGAGGAAGCCUGGAUCAAUGAGAAGAUGACACUGGUCGCCAGUGAGGACUAUGGAGACACGCUUGCUGCUAUUCAGGGCCUGCUGAAGAAGCAUGAAGCCUUUGAGACAGAUUUCACUGUGCAUAAGGACCGGGUGAACGAUGUCUGCACUAACGGCGAGGAUCUCAUUAAGAAGAACAAUCACCAUGAAGAAAACAUCACAGCCAAGAUGAAGAGCCUAAGGGGCAAAGUGUCGGACCUGGAGAGAGCAGCAGCCCAGAGAAAAGCCAAACUGGAUGAGAACUCUGCCUUCCUUCAGUUCAACUGGAAAGCAGAUGUUGUAGAGUCUUGGAUAGGUGAAAAAGAGAACAGCCUGAAGACUGAUGACUACGGCCGAGAUCUCUCUUCUGUGCAAACGCUCCUUACCAAACAGGAAACCUUUGAUGCUGGACUUCAAGCCUUCCAGCAGGAGGGAAUUGCCAAUAUCACAGCCCUGAAAGACCAGCUGCUGGCAGCCAAACACAUCCAGUCCAAAGCCAUUGAAGCCCGCCAUGCCUCACUCAUGAAGCGCUGGAACCAGCUGUUGGCCAAUUCCGCAGCCAGGAAGAAGAAACUCCUGGAGGCCCAGGAGCAUUUCCGAAAGGUUGAAGAUCUGUUCCUGACCUUUGCCAAGAAGGCAUCAGCCUUUAACAGCUGGUUUGAGAAUGCAGAGGAGGACCUCACGGACCCUGUGCGCUGCAACUCGCUGGAGGAAAUCAAAGCCCUGCGCGAGGCUCACGAUGCGUUCCGCUCCUCCCUCAGCUCUGCCCAGGCAGAUUUCAACCAACUUGCUGAGCUGGACCGCCAGAUCAAGAGUUUCCGGGUUGCCUCCAACCCGUACACCUGGUUCACAAUGGAGGCUCUUGAGGAGACCUGGCGGAAUCUGCAGAAAAUAAUCAAGGAGCGUGAGUUAGAACUGCAGAAAGAGCAGCGCAGACAAGAGGAGAACGACAAACUACGCCAGGAGUUUGCUCAGCAUGCGAACGCUUUCCACCAGUGGAUUCAAGAGACCAGGACCUACCUGCUUGAUGGCAUAGCAUACCGUCGUGUCAUUCGUGUCUAUCAGUAUGAAGUUGGGGAUGAUCUGUCUGGAAGGUCCUGUAUGGUGGAGGAGUCAGGAACCCUGGAGUCACAACUGGAAGCAACUAAACGCAAGCACCAGGAAAUCCGGGCAAUGAGGAGCCAGUUGAAGAAGAUAGAGGACCUUGGAGCAGCCAUGGAGGAAGCUCUGAUCCUGGACAACAAGUACACUGAGCACAGCACUGUGGGGCUGGCACAGCAGUGGGACCAGCUUGACCAACUUGGGAUGAGAAUGCAACAUAAUCUUGAGCAGCAAAUACAGGCCAGAAACACAACCGGAGUCACUGAAGAAGCCCUCAAGGAAUUCAGCAUGAUGUUUAAACACUUUGACAAGGAUAAAUCUGGCCGUCUGAAUCACCAGGAGUUUAAGUCCUGCCUGCGCUCCCUCGGUUAUGAUUUGCCCAUGGUGGAAGAAGGAGAGCCAGACCCAGAGUUUGAGGCUAUUCUUGAUACCGUUGAUCCUAACAGGGAUGGGCAUGUCUCACUGCAAGAAUACAUGGCUUUCAUGAUCAGCAGGGAGACAGAGAAUGUGAAAUCCAGUGAGGAAAUAGAAAGCGCUUUCCGUGCUCUCAGUUCUGAGGGUAAACCCUAUGUGACCAAGGAGGAACUCUACCAAAACCUGACUCGGGAACAGGCAGACUACUGCAUCUCUCACAUGAAGCCGUACAUGGACAGCAAAGGCAGAGAACUCCCCUCCGCUUACGACUACAUUGAAUUUACACGCUCACUCUUUGUGAAUUGAUCUCUAGCACUAUAGCAGUACAGGAUCCUGAGAAUGCGCUCACUUGUCUUCUGCCUCUUAGCUCUCUGCAUGUGUCCAUCAUUGUGCUCAGAAAUAAUCAGUGUUGCCUUUCAGAUGUAACCUUAAAUCUGCUUAGCUUAAAACUCUAUCCUUAGUACCUGGAACAAUAAUAAAGAAAUGUUGCAGUGUGCAUCAAUAAAACUUACUGGUCCAAA